AUGAGCACAGAAGCUGAGCAAAAUAUCCAGACAUGGAAGAUCAAAAAGCUCAUCAAGAGCUUGGACUCGGCCAGAGGUGCUGGAACUUCGAUGAUUAGUCUUAUUAUUCCUCCAAAGGAUCAAAUUUCUCGUGUCUCUGCCAUGUUGACGCAGGAAUACGGAACGGCGUCCAACAUCAAGUCGCGCGUGAACAGACUGUCCGUCUUGGCCGCGAUCACAAGCACACAGCAGCGUCUCAAGCUGUACAGUCGUGUCCCACCCAACGGACUCGUUCUCUUCGUCGGCACGAUUCUGACCGACGAGGGUAAAGAAAAGAAGGUCUCGUUCGACUUUGAGCCUCACAAGCCCAUCAACACUUCCCUCUAUCUUUGCGACAACAAAUUCCACACCGAAGCCCUGUCGGAGCUACUCGAAUCCGACUCCAAGUUUGGCUUCAUUGUCAUGGACGGUAAUGGCUCCCUCUUCGGAACCUUGGCGGGUAACACGCGUGAGGUUAUCCACAAGUUUACCGUCGACCUGCCGAAAAAGCACGGUCGUGGUGGUCAGUCCGCACUGCGUUUCUCGCGUCUGCGUGACGAAAAGCGCCACAACUAUGUGCGUAAAGUUGCCGAAUUGGCGGUCCAUCAUUUUAUUACAAACGACAAAGUCAACGUCUCUGGUCUCGUCCUCGCUGGUUCCGCUGAUUUCAAGACCGAACUCAACCAGAGUGACAUCUUCGAUCCACGUCUGGCUGCAAAGGUCAUCAAGGUCGUCGAUGUCAGCUAUGGUGGAGAAAAUGGGUUCAACCAGGCGAUUGAGCUUGCAGCAGAAUCACUCUCCAACGUCAAAUUCGUGCAGGAGAAAAAGCUGAUUCAAAAGUACUUUGACGAGAUCAGUCUGGACUCAGGGAAAUACUGCUUUGGUAUCGAGGAUACUCUUAAGGGUCUCGAGAUGGGAGCAGUAGAGACACUCAUCGUUUGGGAGAACCUGGACGUUACGCGUUACAUUCUCAGAAAUGCGGCAGGAGACGAGGUCGUUGUCUACGCCAACAAGGAGCAAGAAAAGGACCGCGACAAGUUUAUCGACAAGUCGACGGGUCAAGAAAUGGAUACUGUCGGGGAGCCGCAGAGUUUGCUCGAGUGGUUUGCCGAAAAAUAUCAAGAGUUUGGCGCACAACUCGAGUUUGUUACCAACAAGUCCCAAGAAGGGGCUCAAUUCGUCAAGGGCUUUGGUGGUAUCGGCGGCUUACUUCGAUACAAGGUCGACUUUUCAAACAUUGCCUCGUACGAUGAGGACUCCGACGAGUUUUUGAGCGACGAUGAUGAUGCAUAUGUUUGA